AUGAGCGAGACGGAGAAAGAACUGAAGGAAGUCCGUGAUUCCAUGCUUGAGGUCAACAGAGACAUCGAGAAGGAGUGGCGGAAAGAGGGGGGCAGAGUCAGCUCCACUAAAGAGAUGGACGAAUUGAAGGAGAGAAGGAAAAGAUAUCAGUCAAGGGAAUCAAGGCUGGAAAGGGAAAUGCGAGACUUGCAGCUGAGACUAGACCGCGAAAUGGCAGGAGUCAAUCGCGGUCGCGAGGAUCGUCGUCGUCGGACCGGAAGCCACACUCGGGACGAUGAACACAGAAGGAGACGUGGAGGAAGCGCGACAGCGGAGCAUGACAAAGGACGCGAGAGGGCGAGAGAAGGCACACGACCAGACGAUACUCGUGAUGGACGUCGCAGCUCCUCAUCAUCGUCGUCGAAUCGUACCUGA